UACUGCUUGAGGUUUUAAAUUUAUACAUCAUUUAUACUAAUUCACAAUACGUCAUUGUUGAAUGACGUUUCGUUUUCUUCGUUUUAACGCUUAACAUAUCAUAAAACGUGGGAGAACUGUAUUGUGUUGCGGAAGCCUGUGUGUAAGUCAGUGGAGGUACUAAUCCGGCGUGGGAGACAAAAGCUUCAGAUAGACAGCGCUUUAGAAGAAUACCCGCGUGUUGGAACAACCAAGAAACAGUCAAAAUGGACGAUAAGUACAAAUUACAGUUACAGAUCGAAAGCGAAAACCUCGACCCGAGCUUUGAACACGCAGCUAGACUUGUUUCACAAGAGUUAGAAAGGUUAGAAAGUGGGGCCCCUCCUACCAGCAGUGCACAGUCCCAGUCAACAGACACAGCAGGCCAGUUACUCCAGGUCCAUGUGGACAAGCCAAUUAAAUUAUCAGCCAAAGUCAAAAUUCCAGUCAAAGAACAUCCAAAGUUUAAUUUUGUGGGAAAGCUUUUGGGUCCACAAGGAAAUUCCCUGAAAAGGUUACAGCAUGAAACAGGGACCAAAAUGUCAAUCUUAGGGCGUGGAUCUAUGAGAGAUAAGGCAAAGGAAGAAGAAUGUCGUAAAGAGGGAGGUAAAUAUGCUCAUCUGAAUGAUGAACUUCAUGUGCUAAUCGAAGUCUUCACAGAUGUGGCUGAUGCCUAUGCUAGGAUUUCUCAUGGCUUAACAGAGCUGAAAAAGUUUUUGAUUCCUGAACAUAACGAUGAUAUAGGAGAGCAGCAGAGGCAGGAGAUGAUGUUCCUCAAUGGAGGUUACCAAGAGCGUGCCCCACCUGGAGGCCCUCCCCCACCCAGGGGCCGUGGGCGUGGCCGAGGGGGACCACCGCCACCCAGGGGACGAGGUGGCGUUGGUGGCUUAUUGGCAACCCCAGGGGGCAGAGGCAUAAGACAAGGCGGCCCAGGUGGCUUCUCUGGAGUGGCGCGAGGAGCCCGAGGUCUACCCUCCCAAGGACUUAGUCGAGGGUCUGCUAGGGGUGUGGCACCAAGAGGUGGCAUGCGACCCCCUGCCCCUCCACCAGCUCCAGCACCCAUUCCAGCCGAAAGUUACGACGACUAUAGUGGAGGCUAUGACGACGCAUAUGCAGACCAGGGCUAUGGGGAUGGAUACGACCAGUCAUAUGGAGCUCAAGCGAGUGAUACCCAAUAUUUUGACUAUGGUCAUGGAGCACAGACAGACAGCUAUGAUGAUGGAUAUGGAGAUGCUCAGUGGGGCUCAACAGUUCCGGCAAUGAAAGCCCCUGUGUCACGUGGGCGAGGCCAGUAUCGCUCGCACCCGUACGUUGGGGGAGGUAGGGGUGUGGCCUACUAAUGUCAUCCCCUGUCACCGGUCAUCUCCAUUCUACUGGUUCCAGAAACCACCGAUGUCACACCAAAUUGUGCUGGAGCUCUUCCAGAGUCACGAGGUAUCUUAGCAUUCAGUCCUUGAUCGUCUUAUGACCAAACAUUAUUGGAGGAUAGACCCUAAACUGAAACGUGAACAUUCUCAGCUGUGAAUGGUAAACCCCUCAACUCUCAAAACGGUUGCUGCCUCAAGCUCUGGCUAAACUGGACUACCAUUCAUUGUUCUCCGCCAUGUUUAAACGCUAGACUUAAAUGCCAGGUACGAGUUAAAUUUUGUGACCAUGUAUAAUAUAUAAUAUUUCAUUGUUUAAGGUAUAAAUAUUCACACGCUCUGAAAAGGUCAUUUCUUUGGUACUGUUUGAGAUGUAAAACUUCAUUCUGUUAAGCAUAUGUGAAAGUUUUUUUUAAGUGUAAUAAGCUAAAUGGGGGAAAAUAAACUAUUACCAUUGUUUUUUUAGAGUGUAAAAGUGUUGGAUAAAUGAAAUAUCUGAUAGGCACUGUAAUUUUAAUCCCUUUUUUUAAAUACAUUGUUUUCUGAGACUUCGAUAAUGAUUGUAUGUCAAUGGAGACUGAUAAUACAUAAUUGUUCAAAAGAUUCACCUGUUUCAUAAUUCGGAUCUGUAAAGUUUUGGUCACUGAAAGGCUUGAAGUAGUAAUGGUUUACACUGCAGAUUUAACCUAAUGUCCGAGUUUAAACAAAAAAUCACUUUUCUGCAGAUGUUAAAAAAGAUAAUCUUCAAUAUUUUUUCGUAUUCUGUAGGUGUCAUUUUAUCGUGGAAAUUAAGUUUGUCCUAGGGUGCAGGUGACGCUAGCCCAGUAGCUGUGUACAUAAUACACUUGUUCAUACACUAUUUUCAUCGAUAAUCAAUAAAACUUGGAUAAAACUAU